CAAAGAAGCAGUAAUACCGAAACACACACAUACACCCACGCAGCCACCAGAAGGCAGCUCAAACCAGUGGUCUUUAUGUUGUACAGCGUCUCUCUCUCUCUCUCUCUCUCUCUCUCUCGCUAUAUAUAUUUACACACAGAGACACACGGAAACCAACCUCUACAGUGCAGAAUAGGCGAACAUAGUGCAACCCAGGACUCUCCUCAUACAGCUGUUGAUACAUAAAUCCCUGAGAUUUAUCAGUUCAAUUACCAGUUUAUUGUACAGACGAGGGGCGCUUGAAUUCAAGAAGGGAUAAUGUGAAGUGGUGAAACUGAAUCUGGGCUGGGUUUUGUUUCUUUAUUUUGUUCUGAUUCUUUUAUAGAUCUUAGCGAUUGGGAUUUCUAGAUCUGCUGGGUUCUCUUUUGAAUCUGGGAUUUUUCGCAAUGGCUACGGCGUUUCCUCUGCCCGUUACGGCUGCCCAGGUGGGAACAUACUUUGUUGGGCAGUACUAUCAGAUGCUACAGAACCAGCCAAAUUUUGUGCACCAGUUUUACAGUGAUGCCAGCACCAUGCUCCGGAUUGAUGGAAACACCAGAGAGACUGCAACUGCUAUGCUGCAAAUACACCAACUUAUCAUGUCGCUCAACUAUAAUGGCAUAGAAAUUAAGACAGCACAUUCUUUAGAAUCUUGGAAUGGCGGAGUUCUCGUGAUGGUUUCAGGUUCUGUGCACGUAAAGGAUUUCAGUGGCAGGAAGAAGUUUGUGGAAACCUUUUUUCUUGCACCUCAGGAAAAAGGAUACUUUGUUCUGAAUGAUAUUUUCCACUACGUUGAUGAAGAACAUAUUCUGCAACAUCCAAUUUCUUAUUUACCUCAGAGCAAUCUUGAUGCCAAGAUCAAUUCUGCAGCCACGGCUCGAGAACAAGCAAACAACUACAUGUUGGGAGGAGAUAUUCAUUCUAGAGAGCUUGUGACCCCUGCAAAGGUUGAAGAGAAUGGUCCAGUCAGCAACUAUAAAUACCCUGAGGAACAGCUUCCUCAGGCCCCUGAAACAAAGAGUAUCCUGGAUGAAAAUUAUGCUGUGCAAUCAAAUGGUUCACUUCAGGGAACUAUGAACUCUAUACCUGACCGUUUGUCAUCCCCUAUUGAGGAACCCAUUGUGGAGACUCAAAAACAUACUUAUGCUUCGAUUGUUGCUAAAGGACAAUCUGCAGUGCCUACUCAAUCCUCCUCGAACAAGCCCACUUCUUCAGAAUGGCAGCAUGUACCCGAACCCCCUAGCCAGCCAUCGGUUGCAUCUCAGAACCUAACUGAGAGGUCUGGGGUGGAAACCCUAGAAGAAGCAUCUUUCAUGGAAGAUGACGUUGAAGUAAAGUCAGUAUACGUGAGAAAUGUUCCCACAACAAUGGCUGCUUCUGAAAUUGCUGAGGAAUUCAAGAAGUUUGGUACACUCAAGCCUGAUGCUGUGGCCAUCAGAACCCGGAAGGAUAUAGAUGUAUGCUAUGCAUUUGUAGAAUUUGAAGAUAUCACUGGGGUGCAGAAUGCAAUUAAGGCAUCCACAGUUCAGAUUGGCACACACCAGCUCCACAUUGAAGGGCGGCGACCAAACAGAAACUUCUCAACUCGAGGGGGAAGAGCAAGAGGUAGUAGAGGAAGAGUUAGCUACCAGACGGAAGGAAGGGGCCGAUUCAGUGGCCGUGGUUUUGGUAGGGGGAGCCAUCAAGAUGCCAUUGACCGUGAUUACAACAGACCAAGGGGCAACGGCUUCUACAGACACGCUCCUCGACAAGAAAGAGCAUACUCCACCAACCAGCAAGGUUCGAGAAACGGUCACAACUCAUCAGACUGAACGACUCAUAGUAACUUUGAAGCUAAGCGAGAAUUUCUUCAAAGAAGUGAUUUUGCAGUAUCUUCUCAUUUAUCAAGCUAAGGCGGCUUACUAAUUAGACAUGCUUGAGCUGAUCGUGGCGAUAUUUUUGUUUGGGGCGCUUUGUUUUUCAUCUUUUCGUUAUUAUAGCAUAUUUGAGAAAUGGUUUCACGAUUUUGGUUAUUAUAUACAAUAGUGAUUUUUAAUGAUGGCAGUUAAACCUUCUAUUUGAGAAAUUCUGUUGAAAAACUGGUUGCAAAUAAUUAUUAUUUACUGUGAA